CGCUCCCUAUCAAUCAAAACAAUCCGAGCAACACACAAAAAUGCCCGGGGCUGAGUGAAAGAGAGGAUACUCUUGUUAGGGGCUCACGGGACUUGCGUGGGACAGUCGAGCCAAUCUUCUCCUAAAAAUCUCUAGAAGGAGGGGGAAAAAAAUAUGUCGGGGUUUUAAAGGACAGGAUGUUUGAUUCUGGCGAGGUCGAGCGCUGAGCGAAGGCCCGGUUGAGCCACUCUCAGUCAGCCCAGAGGGACGCUAGACGACAGGCUCCGGCCUAAAUUAAUAGCUUUAGAGUUAGUUUUAAACGAACAAGUAAUUAAACGUGCGCGUUUACGUCGAGGACCGCGCUCAUGUGCAGCAAACGUGAAGGAUUGUUUAGCGCUCGCUGCUAUGGCGACUCGUUCCCUGCUAGCGGGCUAAUGCAGCAGCUAGCGGCGCUGCUCGUUGUUAGAGGGGAACAUGGCCUUUACUACUUCACCACCCGCUGCUACAUUACUUCUCAGUCCACAUAACCUGAACAUUUAGGAAGGACCGACGAGUGUUUCCUUGGUAUUCAAGUUUAGUCGGAGUCGAUGGCUGAACGAGCUGAUAAAAUGCGCCGACUGACUAACGCGUCACAGUUUAGUGCUUCACAUGUGUUUUUUUUUUUUUUUUUUUUUUUUACAUCAGCACGCUUUAGCUAGACUUAUUUUUGUUUGUAAACGAAAUGAUCAAAUUGCUUCUGAUUGAGAUUGGCUUAAAAGGUCUUGCCGUUAUGUGAAGUUAGCGUAGUUUUGUUGGAUAGUAUGUAGCAUGUAUGUAAAUUGAUCAACACGAAUGUUGCAAGACACGAGAGAAACAUUGAAGCACUCGCACUCAUCACAGCAGAUGCAGGUCAUGGAGCAGUCAGAGAGUGACCUUGAAAAGGGCUUUGCCAAUGGAAACACGGGAAGCUCCAGCAGCCCUGUGUCCACUGAACCACAAACACAAAUGGAUGUCUACAAAGCCUGUAUAUAUAGACAUCCCCUCUUUCCUCUCUUGGCCCUGCUGUUUGAGAAGUGUGAGCAGUCCACUCAAGGCUCUGACUGCGUAACCUCUGCCAGUUUUGAUGUUGACAUUGAAAACUUUGUACGCGUUCAGGAGAAAGAUGGCAAAGCCUUCUUUAGUGAAGACCCAGACCUUGACAACUUGAUGGUCAAGGCCAUCCAGGUGCUGCGGAUUCAUCUGUUAGAGCUUGAGAAAGUUAGUGACCUGUGCAAGGACUUCUGCAGCCGUUACAUUUCCUGCCUCAAGACCAAGAUGAACAGUGAGACACUACUGAGUGGAGAGCCAGGCAGCCCGUACUCUCCAGGCCAUGACCAAUUGUCCAACUCUUUCUCCGGUGUCCUCAGUCCCCAGGGCAUUGUGGUGCCCUCACAAGGUCUUCAACAAGGCAGUGUUACAGUGACCGCGGUCAAUCCAUCUCAAGUGGUCACAGGUAAUGCAGUAUACCAGCCAGUGACGGUAGUCACACCACAGGGGCAUGUGGUGACACAAGCCAUCUCACCUGGAACAAUACACAUCCAGAACUCACAGGUUUGCAUGACACUCCAGCAGAGCACACACAAACAUUUUUACACACAGAUCAGUGACUCCUUCUACUUCCUGCAGCUCCAGCUUCAGCUCAAUCAGGACUUGAGUUUCUUUGGGGGAGAUGACAGCUCUCCUAAAAGCAAGCGUGGUGUUCUUCCCAAACAGGCUACCAAUGUCAUGCGCUCCUGGCUCUUCCAGCACAUUGCGCACCCCUAUCCCACUGAGGAAGAGAAAAAGCAACUUGCCAUUCAAACAAACCUGACUUUACUCCAAGUCAACAAUUGGUUUAUUAAUGCUCGAAGACGGAUCUUGCAGCCAAUGCUGGAUGCCAACUCCACAGAGAUGUCUAAAGCCAAGAAGAAGACUGCUCCGAGCCGCCCGCUACACCGCUUCUGGUCUGACUCCGUCGCCUCAUCUGGAACCCAGCAGCAGCUCACAAUGCCAGACGGUAGUAUGGUUACAGUGGGGAUGAACGUCGAUGGCUUCCAGGCUCUUUCAUCAGAUGGAGCAGCUCUCGCCAUGCAGCAAGUCAUGAUGGGAAAUCACAGCGAGGAUGAAUCAGAGGAAAGCAGCAAUGAAGACGAUGCAGAUUUGUCGUCUGCUGACAUGACCGGGCUGGGUUUAGAUGUUAGCGACUAAGACAGCAGGUCACACACUGCAUGCUUACAUUUACAUGUCACUUGUGGCAAGAGAUCCAGUCCCCUUGUAGACUUUCAGCAAAGCUGAUACUUGUGCACUACAAAAAAAAAAAAAUUAAGAGUACUGUAUGUUGGCUUAUGUUACACACACACACAGUUUUACAGAGAGCACAACUUUACUGAAAGAUGCAGUGCGAGGAGUUGCAUUUCAGCACCUGGUUUUAAUGCAUAGACGUGCAGGUGCGUGCACUUUUAUAUAGAGCCGCUUCAAGAAGGUUGCAACAGUAGAACACAGAGGAAUGUUUUUAAGCUUCUGUAGUGAAUGUUUGUAAUGAAUUUUUUCUAUAUUAACUCAUUUGAAUGCCAAGAUUUUAAGAGUUUGUCGUUGUGCUGGUUUUAUUCACACUGCAUGUUCGUGUUUUCUUCAGUAUGCUCACGCUUGUAGAGAGGCUCCAAGACGGAGUUUGAGAAAAGAGAUUAUUUUUAUAUAUGAACGUUGUAAAAAGUGUUGUUUUUUUCUUUUCUUGUUUUUUUUAGUUUGUUUUAUAGGGAAUAUUUAUGUACAGAAACUAUACUAUCUGCCCUGUUUUCAGGGGAUGACUUAAAGUUUUUUAGAAAAAAACAAAAGGAUGUUGGAUUAUAAACCAUUUUUAAAUAUCUAAAUUGGUUUUAACACUCACAUACAAAAUGCCUUACAUAAUCUUUUGUAAAACUAUACUGCUGAUAAGCACAGAAAACCUGAUACGUUGAUUAAAUUUAGUAAGAUGAGUUGAAUUAGUCUCUUCCAGUAAUCUUCAUCCGUAUGCUGAAGAUGUUCCUUCGUUUCAGAGGGACCUCAUUGUUUUUGCUCUAUAGGCUUAUGUAGUUUUUCUAACAUGUACAAAGCUUCCCUUAACAAUCAGAAUUAUGAUAGAUGCUUUGGGAAUUAUGGCAUAAAAUGUCCAUAUUAAAGUCAAAUAAAGGUCAAGUUUGAGUAUUUCGCCACACCAUUUUACAGUAAA